AGAUUGAGUUUCAAAAAUGGCUGAAUUUGUGGGGCUGCACGAUGUUAGCCAAUCAGAACAGAGGGCGUUUACGUUUACGUUUUAAGGAGGCACUUAUGCCAAAACCGAGCAUUUCAGACAGAUGGCCAGAGAUGGGGUGGAAAAUUAUCAUAUAUUACUAAAUUAUGCAAAUGCUAAAAAACAUUACUAACAUUAUCAGUGGACCUUAGGGAAGAUAAUAAAACUAUAAAAAAGAGCAUUUCAUGACCCCUUUUAAUGUAUGAAAACAGUAUUUAAUUUAAUUAAUCACCUUAAAUUUAGAUUAAUGUUUAGAUUUAGUGAUGCAUAAAAAACAGGAAUUUUUGUCUUUUCAAUUAAUUACAUUUUAAUUAUAUUCUUUGUCAUUUUAAAUUGUGAUUAUCCUUCCCUUUUGACAGGGAGUGCUCUCCUCCAUGUCUUUCAACACUGAUGCCACUGUUUGCUCACAGGAAUUCACUCCAUCCAACUCGCUCAACAGCUUUUCCACAGCCCUUUCUUCUUUUACAGAGCCAUAAUAGGAACAUCAUUAUCUAAACUUUUCUGAGUGUGGCCCAUUGAUGGCAAACUUUCACUGAGCCAGUGAAAUAAUUUUUAAAAACAGAAUCUCCCAGAAGGCUUAAAACCAUUUAUAUUACAGCUACUGUACUGUGCUUGAAAAUCAAUCCUGACUUAAUCCUUUGGGCCAUGGAGGUGGAAAUAACUAUUUAUUCAAAACCUAGGGAGCUGCCUACAAAGGCAGCAUUUAAAGGCAUCAUAGGUGUGUUCCAGAAGCAAAGGCUGUUUUAUUUAUUUUAAUGCUGCCUCCUAAAAUACAUUGUCUUGUCCAAAUUCUAAAGGUGUGGUCACACUACACUUUGUGCUCCAUUCACCUCUAUCCAAGUGCAUCAGAACGAGGGAGACCAGAAACGCAAACUCAUGCUAAGAUAUUUCACAUUCUGCUGCAGACGAAAGUUUAGAUUUAGUGAACUCUGACCUACGAAUUAGACCUGCACAUUUUUAUUGUUUCAGGAAAAUGAGUAGACGGUAUAUUUUUACAUUUUGAAUAUAAUAUUAUUUGUUAUUUGAGAUAAAUAAUUUAUUAAAACCAUAAGCCCUCGCAUGUGAAAUAAUAUCCUGUCAAUUGAGGUCUCUGAAAUAAUUUUGCAUGCUCAAAGCCUAGUGUGACCUCGCCUAAAGGCAGCAUCAUAUCUAUCCUUCACGGAAAAAUACCUUGUGACAUGCUCAGUGAAAAAAUGAAUGAAGCAAGAGCAAUGAUGAUCCUAUAAAUAAUUAAUUAAAUAGUGAAAAGUAUCAAUAAAACAUAGAAAACUGACUAUUUUACCCAAAAUUUGUGUGCCAUGUAUAAUUAUGCUUUUUAGAUAAUCCUCUCUCUCUCUCUCUCUCUCUCUCUCGUGUGCUUCACAUGAGGAGUACUUAUUUGUAUGAUGUGUGGAGUUGCAGCCUACAGUAUAGGCAUUCCAAAUGACCUUUAGGGGCCAUUCAUACUGAACAUGUUCUUGCUCUAAAAAAAGCUAGAUGCAGCGCAGCAAAUAGAACAAAACACAGGUGUCUCAAGGCACGUUUUUAAAAUGUUAAAAGACAUUCUUUUAAACUGACACGGUGUUUAAAACGUGGUGCAAUGAUCAAAGACAUCUGUCUAACACACGUUUACAUAUAAAAUAAAUUUUUAAAAAAAACUGUGCAGAUGGUUGGAAAAUUUGGUUUAGUGUAACUUAUCUGGUUUAGGUAUCUUAAAAGAAAGCAAGGGCAGCUCUAGGUUAUUGAACAGAGCUAAGGUGUUUACUUAAUUUCCCUUGUGUUCUCCUGAAGCAAAGCUCCUGUUCUGAAGAACAAUACUCCAGGAAUGUUUGAUCCCAUUACUGCAGCUCGUUCAUUUCCUGCGCUCAGCCAACCUUCCAUAUGGGCACACAUUGCAUCGUUCAAACUGCAUUAACCUGCCCAGCACUGGAAUGUGUUUGACUAUUGAGCCAGCAGGCAGAUUAAUUAUAUAUCUAGUCUGUUUCUAAUAUCCCCCCUCUUGUAAGCCUAGCAGUCUGAAAUGCACCAGUGCAAGGUGAAAGGCCUUGUUUCUCUUUGGUGCUCUAGGUGUUAAUUAGCAGGUGGUUAGUCAGGAGAUCUACAUUAGUGAAACUAGCCAGCAGCUAUUUGAACAUGUGAAUUAGACCCUAGGGCCUAAGGUAUGCUGUUUGUCUAAUGUUUUUACUGUAACUGGUUUCUCUUUAUACAGCAUUGAAUAUUAGAUUUUUUUUUUUUUUUUCAACUGUGAAGAAGUCUUAUACAGUACGUUUAUUUUGUUUAAUAUUAAGAGUUGUUUUGAACUGAGAAUAGAAAAGGUCACCAGUGGACACAAAAGUGAGGAGGAUAAUACAAAGUAUAAGAGAUGACAUAUAGUGGCCCAAAAAGUAUUUGGAUACUUACAGUAAGCCACACUUAAAAUGUAGACAUGUCUUUGCAUUAUAUAUCAAGAAAUAUAGCACAAAAAUUAAAAUUGAUUAAUUGAAUGUUACAACAUUUGCUUAGUCGGCACAGACAUAGAGGCCAGAUUCCAAAAUGCAUAAAAUCCCAGAUGUAGUUUAUUUUUCAACUAAAAUCCCAAUAUAAUCUGAAAAAAGAAGAUUUGGUGCAUAACAUGGGACUUUUAACACUAAACAACACAAUGGGGACUCUUAUUUUGAAAUGCUCUAUUUUUAAAAUAUACCAUAUUUAGCUUUUUAUAGCCUACAUAUUAUUGUUAUUCACAAUAUAUAAAGUUUGAGACACGAUGUCUUUGCAUGCCUUCGUUUCCAUUUUAAAAACGUAAUUAUCAAAGGAACACAGAGGGAUCAAAAAACUAUCGGCAUAGAUUUUUGCCGAUAACCGAUAGUUCCAAAAAGCAACUAUAGGCACCAAUUAAUCUGUAAAACCGAUAUAUCGAUCCACCUCUACUUCAUACAUCCACAAAAAAUGAACUUGGGAGAAGUUGGUAAAGCGUAAUUGCAAAAAGAAAAGUUAGUUGUAAGAAAAGCUUUAGCAUAAUUUGUUAGCAGAUGUCACUUGGUUUUAUACCUUGUUUCAAAUGCACAUAAACAUAAAUACAUUUUUAAAGUUUCACAUGACUUGAAGUGUCCAAAGGUAUGUAAAUAUUUUUUGGGGCUACUCUAUAUUUGAAUUCAUGUAAGGGUAGAACUAAUCAUGCUCAUCUUUAAUUGAUUCACUGAUUCUGCUACAGCGGUUACAUGUUUUGAUGUUUAUUAAUAACAUAAAUUAUCUUUCGUGUUGCACUGUGCUGUCCCAGUGGCGUAAUUUUGCUUGGCUUUGCUGCCUCUAGUGCUAAUUGGAUUACAGUUCACCCAGUUUACUGUAUCUGACAAUGUUUCAGAACUGAGGAUGUUUAACACAUCCUUUAAUUUUGGUUAACGUUUUCACAUUGACCGUUCUCCACCUCUGUUUUUUGCCUCAUUCUGAUUCUCUCAUUUCUAUUGGCCUAUUGCCUCCUGUUGUGACCUGUGCAUUACGGGAGCUGAGCCGGGUACAUCUGGUGAAUGGGCUGCCUCCUGAGUCCUCCUCUUGCAUGAAUAGGCCGAGCACGGUGGCAUGAGGACCUACUUCUUCAGCGCUGACACGCAGGAGGACAUGAAUGGCUGGAUCCGGGCCAUGAACCAGGCCGCACUGAUGCAGAGCCACGGCGUCAAGAGAGAGGCAGAAAGAAGCUCCAAACCUGAGCAGCAUUCAGUUCCUCAGACCAACCACUCCAGCAGCACCAUCAAAAGUUCCUCCCAGGCAGAGGGCCUCCAGCAGGCACCGCGAGUGGAGGUGGCAGAGCUGAGGCCGGAGCGAGACGGGGAGGAGUGCUAUGUUUACAGCAAGGAAGUCCUGGAGGAUCCUGUCCAAAGCAUCUCCCCUGGAGAGAUGGAGAUGGAGGGGCUUUCCCAGCCAUCUCGCCCACCGUCUACUGUGCCCACUAACAGGAACGGGCUGCCCUCCUCGAGCAUGCCCCCUGAUCAGAACGGGAACGUGGUGUAUAAGAGGGGUCUCGUCCCCCGCACAGACACAGAGAAAAAGGUACAGAGGAAAACAGCACUGGCUCAGGUGGAGCACUGGGUGAAGGUGCAGAAAGGAGAGCCCAAAAGCCAUCCCACUACUGAGUACACCCUUCCCAGACGGACCCCUCCUCUCCAGCCUAAGGCCACCAUGAUGGAUGCGUACCAGUCGUUACCAAAGACCACUCGCCACCACUCCGGAGGCGGUUCCCCCCCUGUUGCCCGCAACCUACCCAGUGACUACAAGUACGCCCAUGACCGUCUCAGUCACUUUCGAAUGUCCACUGACGAACGGUUGGCCACUAAAGAAGGGAUGGUUUGGCAGCUGUACGAGUGGCAGCAGCGUCAACAGUUCCGCCACGGCAGCCCCACAGCACCCAUCUACUCCGGGUCUGACUAUAUGGACACGGCAGCCUUCAGGGUCACUCUGGAGAUGCCCAGGUCCAUAUCUGUGCCCCCAUCACCGUGUGAAAUACCCCCACCCGGACACCCCUCCAAAUCCCUGUCCCCUCGCAGGCCCCACACUCCCGCCGACAGGGUGACGGUGCGCCCGCUGGAUGAGUUUGCCACCAUAGACACACCCAGCUUGGGUUCUCCCAGAGGAGUGUGUUCCCAGAUCUCAAAGACUUCACAACUAGAGAGGAGAUCCAUGCCAACUAUGGGCUACAUCACACACACAGUCAGUGCACCGAGUCUGCAUGGAAAAACGCUGGAGGAGUUGACCCUGCUGCUCAUCCAGCUCAGGAGACACCAGGCCAAGAUGGCCAGCGUGCACAGCAACGCAUUCACACACCUGCAGAACCAGCACAACGGCCUCGCAGGCCCCAGUUUGCAGGCAGAUGACACUUACAUGCAGCUGAAGAAGGACCUGGAGUAUCUCGACUUGAAGGUGGGCUCUAGUGGAUCUGCCUUCACCUUCCACCUCCUUCCACCUCCUCCCUUCCUCUCUCUCAAGGUAACUGGACGUGACUCGCUUAAAGAUCGACCACCUCGGCCUGUUAAAAUAGCUGAAAGUGACAUAGAUGUAAAGCUAAGUAGGUUAUGUGAGCAAGACAAGAUCCUUCAGGAGCUGGAGACAAGGAUACGGACACUCAAAGAAGACAAGGAUAAACUGGAGUCAGUUCUGGAUGUUUCCCAUCAGCAGAUGGAGCAGUACCGGGACCAGCCGGCUCAUGCAGAGAAGAUCGCCUACCAGCAGAAACUUUUGCGGGAGGACGUAGUGCACAUCAGGGCGGACAUUUCACAGGUGUCUACGGAGAUGGAGAACGCUUGGGCAGAGUACAGCCAUUUGGAGAGAGAUGUGGACAGACUGCGAUCAGCCCUACAAGACCAGAUGACCCACAGUGCUCUCUCUCAGCAAGAGAAGUGUCAGCUGAGGAAGGAGCUGUGGAGGAUCGAGGAUGUUCUGGCGGGCCUUAGCUCCAGCAAAGCCAACUACAAAGUGACCAUUGACUCUGUGCGGAACCCAGGUGAGAGCGGGCCCCUGCCUGCCAUCACCCCCAUGCACUGGAACUCAGAGCGAGAAAGGAAACUCGUGCCUUCAGCGUCAUUGUCCACAGUGCCUUCUCUCUCUGCAAGCCCUUCCAUGGGAGAGCUAAAAGCUGCCCAUCACAGUCCCCUGCAGCUCUCACAAACACCCCUUAAGUCAAAAUGGCCUGGGGAAGAUGUGCCACCAAGACCCCCGCUCCCGCAGCUCUACAGCCCUGACGAACACCCAUCUGCUGUGCCCCCUCUUCCCAAAGAAACCUCAGUUGUCCGCCACACUUCAGUCCGUGGCCUGAAACGACAGUCCGAUGAGCGGAAGCGCGAUCGUGAGAUUGGGCAGUACACAAACGGAGAUCAAAAGGUUGAGAUACGUGCAUUUCUCAGUGAGCCUGAGCUGCUGCGAGUUGGUGGACAAAUGGGGGGCUUGAGCCGUGACGGUGGCUACCAAACCCUUCCAAACAGAGGUUUGGCUGCCUCAUCUUCAAGACUAAAUCAGUCAACAAAUAUUUCAUCGUUUGUCACCCUCAGAAGAGGAGUCACCACCACAAGCUUGAAGGAGAGACCAAAGAGUGCCUUGGAGCAACUAUACUCUGGGGAGCCCAUGCAGCAGCGUGGACGCAUGAGUGCAGAAGAGCAGCUGGAGAGGAUGAAACGUCACCAAAAGGCUCUUGUACGAGAGCGCAAGCGGACGCUCAGCCAAGGCGAGCGACAGGCCUCCUCAUCUCGCGCCGCCUCUGCCUCUAGACCCGUGUCUGCAGACCUGGGAUCAUGGAGGAGAGAGCAGGAGUUUGAUAUGCAGCUCCUGGAGCGGGCGGUGCAGGGUGAGGAGAAACCAGCUGAGCACACAGAGAGACAGCGCUCUCACUCCGAUGAAUGGCUUACCCUGAACAGCAAACCCAGAGAGUUGGACCUAGAGUCUCUGGACUACCAGCUGGACCUCAGCAAAGAGCUGUCUAAGCCACAGAAGGUGGCUAUCCCUGAGCGCUAUAUAGAUCUGGAGCCAGAGGAGCCCCUCAGCCCUCAGGAGAUGGAGGCCCGUCACCGCAAAGUGGAGCGUAUCAAAAGCAUUCUGGCCAAGUCUAGUGUCCAGAAUAUGCCGCCUCCAGCAGCAGUAGAUAAACCAGUGCUCUCAGACAUAGACUCGGCUCUACAGGAGCAGGAGAGGAUCAUCACCAUGUCCUAUGCUUUAGCAUCAGAGGCUUCACUCAAGAGCAAACAAGUGGCAGCCUCACCGCAGAUUAACAGUCCCACCUCACUCCCUCAACCUCCACCUCCUCCUCCUCUUCCUCCCCCCACUUCUGUUGCCGUCUCUAUGGCUCAGUCUACCCCCCCUCCCCUGAGCAAUGGAUUUCACUACACCUUUGUCUAAUCAGAGCAAAACAAUGUAAGGACUAACCACUAACCGUUUAGCACACUAAUGUACUUUUGCUAAUUGUUCCCUGUGUGUUUUGGCACUUUUUCCACCUGCAUGAUGCAUGAUUGUGCCUCAUCAGGGCCCAUGCUCUAGUAGAAACUUCAUGAGAAGGGUAGAGUGGCCCCCCUCUGUCAAAUGCCUCCACAUCUGGAGAGGUGUGUGAAUUGUGUGCAAAUUGGCUUUUUGUGCAUUGCCAGCACCAAAAAGUCUAAAAACCCAUAAGCAAAUGCUGCCUUUUGUGAAUUGUGUGUAAUUCACAAAUAAUCGGGGCACCACUGAGGCAGCACUUUGCCAAACAACACUUGCUUUACCAUCUGUAAACUAUGAAGAGCUUCAGUGUUUUGAUGCCUGUGGCUCAUUAACAAUAAAGAACAGAAAGAGCAGGUUCUGUUAAAAAACACAACCCUUUAACAUUUUCUCUCAUAGAAUCUCAUAGAAUUACAGUUCUAAUAAGUAAAUUUCAGCAAAAAAAAAAAAAAAAAUGUGACGUAUCGUGGAAAUUUCCUGGUGAAAUAAACACUAGAGGCGCUAUAGCAACAAAGACUUUUGUUCACUUUCACACAAAUCAUGAUUUAAAUGCCAGAAUAUCAGUUUAUACAUUUACUUUUUGCCCUGUUCCUUACAAAAAGAAGAGCACACAAGUCGACAUGUGAGCCAAAAGUGUCGUAGAAGCACCAAGAAUUUACGUGCUUACUUCUGCAAUCAUGUUUUCCAUUCAACGUUUGCUUUUUUAUUACACUGUUGGUUAGGUUUAGGUCAUUAGCUUUAUGGUAGGGAGGUAGGUUUUGUUGAUUUAAAACUUGAUAGAGCAUUUAUCUUCAAAAACCUUUUCUGUUUGGGAGAAAAUGUAACUCUCUUUUAGCGCCACACAGUGGACAUUUCACCUCAUAACUGCCGUAGUAGUGUAAGGAACCACGUAAUAUAAUUGAGCAAAAAUGUCACCGCAGUCCCAUUAUUUUCAUGUGGUCAGGCUGCCAAUUUCAGUGCAGGGUACAGGGUUCCCACAGUUAGGGAAAAACCUAGAAAUAUCGGAAUUUUUACAUUGUGUUUUCGAGCCUGGAAAGGUCAGGGAAAUUUUUAUGGUGAAUAUGAUGCAAAUUUUCAUGUUCUUAUGUAGAGGAUUUGUAAAGUAAAAUGUGCUCACAAGCCAUUAUGAGCAAAUCAUUCUUUUUAGUCUGUUAUUUUCAGUGAAUCAGUCAAACUGCUUCACAUAUCAGUCUGAAUGAUUCCUCAGUGAAUCGGUCUGAAUCAAAAUAUUUUUUUAAAAGCCUUAUCCAUUAAUCAUGGAUAACUGGAAAGGUCAUGGAAAUUCAUUGGUCAAAAAAGGUGGGAACCCUGUCGCUAUGACUUGAUGCUUGUACCAGCCACACUGCAGUCUGUUCCACCUUCACCUGCCAUGUGUAUUCUGCUUCCCAGCAUGCCCCAAAUCUACCCACUGCCACAUCUUUCUGCUUCACCUUGUGUUUUUCCUCUGCUAUUAUAUGAUCUUACUGCUAUAAGAAAGAUUUCUGUAAUGUCAUGCUUGUCCAUUUACAGUAUGUUAGCCAAACCAUUUAAUGACUGAAAGACUGAGCUGUCCAGUGCAUUUACAAUGUGUUUGCUCACUUGCUCACAACAUCCGUAUUCAUCUGAGCUACGUGGUGCAUGUGUCAUACAUGUUGAACUGUUUGGUGUGUUUUAAACUUAACCUCUUCUCUCUGUAACAUGCUGCACAGAGAGGAGAAGAGUGGAGAGUGUUUACCUGUCUACUAUUUAGUAAGGUAAAAUACACAGAUCAGCAACAACAUUAAAACCACCUGCCUAAUAU